GAAAGGCACGAGCAGCUUUGUGCCCUUAGAGCUGGAUCGGAAUGACAAGGAGAUGCAGUACCUGCAGUCUCAGAUGACGAGUCUGAAGCAAGAGCGCGAAAAGCUCAUGGACCAAUAUUCCACUCUCAACAAGAGCAUGGAUCAGCAUCUCGAAGAGACGCAGAAGCUCAAAGCUGGAAUCACCGAGCAGACUAGAUCCAUGGAAGUGCUCGACCGGAACAUGCAGACUGUGUCCCGCGAGAUUACCGCCAUGGUUGGAAAGAUUGAAGAGGAACAGAGCGAGCAGACCACGUGCGAGCGUGUCACGGCCAACAGCCGGAAGAGGAUGAAGAAGAUUCGAGAAGAGAUAGCUGCCAAAGAGGUCGAGACACAGAACCUCCUCAAUGAGAUCGCACGUGUGACUGUGGAUAGCUUGAACACCAAAGCACACAACCAGAUGUUGAAAGAUCGACACAAGCAGCUCAGCGACGAGUUGGCAGACAGAGAAAAGCUCAUCGAGCAGUAUGAGCAAGAAAUCCGCAAGCGGCAUCACCAGAUUGAGAAGAAGCAGUUGUUCGUCGAUCGCCUCAACAGAGAGUAUGACGAGAAGAGGACGAAGUUGGAGGCAGAGCUUGGAAAUGACGAGGAUGUGGCUGGGCCCCAGGAAGCAAAGCUGAAGCAUAUGAGAAAAGCCAUAAACGAGCUCACAAAAGAGUGCUCAGAAAUGCAGAAGGACUGGAUCCAGAAGCAGACCCAGCUCUUGUCCAUUUCCAGCGAGACGGACAAGCUCAAGGCCACGCUGAAUGAGAACAAGAACAAGAAAAUGGUCUUGGAACAGUUCUCCCGGAAGAAGCUCAGAAUAGAAGGCCAGCUCUCCAGCCACGAGAAGGAGAUCAAAGAGCUCGACAACAACAUGAAGCAUCUGCGUUUCGACAUGGAUCGCAUGAACAGCGCGCUGGUGAAGAAUGAAGCACGAUCUGGUGAGAUCUCAAACACGAACCAGAUGAUGGAGACCGAAUUUGUUCAGAAGCUGAAAGAGAUCGAGAACAGGUGUCUGGACAUGGAACGAGAUGUGGAGAAGCUGAAGCUGGAGAAGGACCAGAUGAACCAGGAUAUCCUGGAAUCUGAGCGUCAGGUCCUUCUUUGGGAACGCAAAAUUACGCUCGAGAGGGAGAUGCAGGCAGCACUGGAUCCCAAUGUUGGCCAGUCGGAUGCUUCGGCCAUGAAGAAGGAGAUCCACCGCAUGGAGCUGCGACUUGAGCAGUUGAAGCGGCGGCAGGAGCAAACGAUCGUUGAGAUGGAGCGAGCCAUCCACAAGCGUGAUGCCAUUGCCCUCAAGCUCGAGCCGAAGGCGCAGAAAACCAAGAAGGCAGCUUCUGCUGCCAACGUCAAGCGGCAGCUACAAUCCCUGCGCAACAACUUGAAGUUGUGUGACCUGGUGCAUUCUUGUUACUUGUUUGUCCGUCCACGUCACCCGAAGAGUGAGUGCGCAGUCCAUCGUGAUGGGUGUGGGCACUUUAGCUGGAACAGUGGGGCUAGCGGCUACAUGUAG